AUGUGUUUAUCGUACGUCUAUCAUCAGGUCGAAAUCGCCCUACAGGAAGCCAGGGCAGAAUAUAGCAGGUUCGAAGUCCAGAUACCAAACAAGCCUUCGUGGUUCACCGAGAAGGUCAACCCUGCAGGCAAGGUUCCUGCAAUAACAUACGGAGGUCCAACUACUCCUGCAGAUGACCCGUCGCCCGCCUCCCACAAACUCGCAGAAUCCCUUGUUAUCCUCGAGUUCAUCGCAGAUAUUUUCCCCGACUCGGGUCUCCUCCCGUCAGAUCCCCUCCUUCGCGCCUCCGUGCGCUUCUUCAUCAACCUCGUUCUUACCAAGCUCCACCCCGCGCAUCUCAACGCGAUGAUCAACAGAGGCUCGCCGGACCAUAUUCUGAGCGCAAUUGACCAAUUACAGCCAUAUAUGCCUGGGGGAUCUCUAAACGAUAGCAAAGGGCCGUUCAUUGCUGGAAAUACCUUCGGUAAUGCGGAUGCCGUAGCUGCAGCAUACUUUAUACGUCUUGAUGGUUGUUUGAAGAGGGACAUUGGCUCCUUCCCUGAGGGUGAAGGUGUCAAGGCAUACAAUGUCCUGCAUACGUCCGAACAGUAUGCACUGUACAGGGCAUAUCUGUCUGCGUUGGCGGGAAGGGAGUCGGUCAAAGAGACUUACCCCGAGAUGUUCUAUGGCGCCGGAAUGAGUGCGAGUUUGACUAUUUGA